AUGACGCGCCGCGCAGAAGUCGACGCCUUCUACCCGCCGUCAGAAGAAGACACGCAGACGGUGUAUUUUUUGCCGAUGAGGUCCGAUGAAGGAGAGAGAGAAGAUCCGGAACUGGCGGCUCUCGCCGAAGAAGAACGAUGCCGAAGCCCGCAACCGACCAUGAACGAGUUGGAUUCGCUCUACGAGGACGACGAGGAGCUGGCUCUGGAGGGAAAGGUCCCGAUUUCGCGUGAACCAAUGACGCCGCCGCCAGAAACUCCCGAGCCGACGUUCGAUUUUGUGCCAUUGUUCUUCCAUCCUGAUGCGCCUCCCACUUUUGAAAUGGCUUCUUCGAUGGCAGCUUACGCAUCGGAAGUCAUCGCUUCGGAGGCUGAGAAGGCUAGAAAUGGCCGUCUUUUCAGCGACACUGCUGAAUAUUCUCAGUUGUGCGAAAGGGUAACCGAAUCUUAUAUCUGA